AAACCGGAACCAACGUCAUCGCGUUUCCGUAAUGCUAACAGUCGAAUAGCAGCAGGCCGCCGACCCCGCGACUUCUUUCACAAUGUCCGCGAAAUUAAACGCAUUAAACAGUGAUUCUUACAUCGAUGUCAGCCAGUACAGAGACCAGCACUUUAAGGGUAACCGCUAUGAGCAGGAGAAGCUGCUGAAGCAGAGCAACACGUUGUACGUUGGGAAUCUCUCCUUCUACACCACAGAGGAGCAGGUACACGAGCUGUUUUCCAAAAGUGGAGACGUCAAGCGCAUCGUCAUUGGUCUGGAUAAAGUCAAGAAGACGGCCUGCGGAUUCUGCUUCGUAGAGUACUACGUACGUUCAGGUGCAGAGAAUGCCAUGCGCUUCAUUAAUGGCACACGGCUGGAUGAUCGUAUCAUCAGGACAGACUGGGACGCCGGCUUCAAGGAGGGACGGCAGUACGGCCGCGGUAAAUCAGGAGGACAGGUGAGAGAUGAGUACAGGCAGGACUACGACCCAGCCAGAGGCGGCUACGGUAAGCUGGCUCAGCAGCAUCGACCCACAGAGGCACGGAAUACUUUUUAAAACGGCACCACAGCAGUCUGCUUGGACUACACAGAGCCCCACCCUCAGUCCUGGACCAGAUCCAUCCUCCAACAACGCCACAACAUGCCAUCACAGAUUGUUUGUCCAAAUGUUACCAUGAAACACUCUACAGUCGGGUCUGCAUGGACCCUGGUAUUUAUUUCUUUUGGUAGUUUGUUUUCUGUUCGGACUGCCGCUUCCAUACCUACUAUCAGUCAACAUGGCUGGACUGGCCAAACCCCAAAUUUACUGUGUGACAUUUACUGACGUUUUCAUUAUCCUGCCCGGCUCUGAUAGCAUGUACUGACUGCGGGUUGAUGAUGUAUCAAAUAUCAAGACAUAUUGAUCUUGUUCAGUCUCCAUGUCAGCAUACAAUGAUGAAAUAAUGAAGAUUCUGUAUCAUCUUACUGAUUUCUGUGACUGAAACCUUGAGUUCCAAAUUGUGUAUACUUUUUUUUUUAAAUAAAAAUUUUUUCAACA